AUGGAUCGCAGAAUCGCCUACAUUAUUAUCGCCUUGAUGGCAGCUAUCCUCUUCUUCAUGGCAAUCGGAUAUUACGAUUGGACUUGUGAAGGUAGCAAUCCUGGUCCUAGCUGCAUAAAAACCAAGGCAAAAGAAGUGAUCGGUGCCCUGCUCCUCACCGCUGGUUUACUCAUUCUCAUCGCGGCCAUCUUCCUCAUUAUCCUUGUGGUUACAAAAUUCCCUCCGAGCGAGACUGCUUCUGUUGUCAUUGCCAUCCUCGCCGCAAUCAUAGCCAUCUCUGGGGUCUUCUACUACCUCUAUCAAGUGGGAAUUUGGUCACCCUUCAUUGCCACUAUUGCCAUGUCUCUCUCUGCCGAAUUGGCGGCCAUUCUUCUUUUCGAUCUCAUCACAAGUAAAACCUAA